UCAGCAUCUAGUUGCUUAGUAUUUCUUUCAUGACGGUGUGGAAAAAAUCCCCAGACAAAUGAUUUUUUAUUUAAAGUAACUUUUUAAAGCUUGCGUUCACAGUUAUUUAAUUGUAUAUUGAUUAAUUAUUGCAGUAUUGUGUCUUUGACAAACAAUUGUUCGGGGCAAAAGUGCAACGUUCGUCAUCUACAGUACCUGUUCAGACCAGCAAAGAAUGAUGGAGGUCUCAAUGAGGAGAAUGAGGAAUUUGGAGCCUGCAAGGCCACUGCGCAGGCUAAAUAAAGAUCCGGUGGUCCAGACAGGUGCAGUGGUCCAGACAGGUGUGGUGGCUGAGCCCGACAAGAAGCCAGCAGAAAUAAGUGUGAUAACAGUACAGCAAGUUUACGAAAUUCUCAAGCUGCACAGUCACAGACCUGAAAAAAAAGAAAGAAUUUCUUACAGCCGGGAAAUGUUGAUGGAGCUGGCCAAUUCUCCGCUAGCCAAAAGAAAACCUGACUUCUUGCCCAUUCACCCUAUAGUUCUGGAAAAGGGGAGGGAACUAAACACGGACAUUAUGUUUGACAGCGACCACAAUAAGAAGAGAGCGGACAUGGACAUGGUUCCUGCAUAAUGCGAGUGUGGAGUUUCAACUGAUUCGUGUUUUACUUUGUUUUACUUUUUGUUUAGAAGUGAUAUCUAAAAAUAAUAAAUCUGUAAAUAUUGGUCAUUA